CCAAACCCCUUUACUCAAUCAACAUGGUUAGUUUCGAAGAAGCCUGUGAAUUGGCCAAAAACUUCUCCAAGAAGCCCAGCGAUUCCGAAUUCUUGGAAUUCUACGGUCUCUUCAAGCAAGCCACCGUCGGCGAUGUCAACAUCGACAAGCCCGGUGCCUUGGAUUUGAAAAAGAAAGCCAUGUGGGAAGCCUGGAACUCUCACAAGGGUAUGAGCCAAGAAGCUGCCAAGGAAGCCUAUGUCAAGGUCUACGAGAAGUAUGCUCCCAAAUAUGCCUAAGAA